AUGUUUUGGUUGCGGUCCCGCCGGGUUGUUACCAUUGCUUUGGCCCACGCUAUUGAGAGGGAAGCCGCUCGUCGAGGAUGCGCUCCUCUUCCCGUCUUGCGCAGAAAAGGCUUCCUCGGGUUCGGCUGGUUCGUCGAGAGCAUUAGGGCAACAAAGGACGACUGGGGCCCUCAGUAUGUCGCCCAGACCACGGAUGCCGAGAUGGGCAAGGACGUGCACACCUUUUAUGUGCCCAUCUUCGACUUCGAGGUCAUGAUGACCCGCGACCCGGCCAACGUGCAAGCAGUACUCGCUACCGAGUCGCAGGACUGGGACAUUGGCGAGUACCGAACGGCCAGCUGGGCGCCCAUGUUCGGCGACGGCGUCUUCACGGCGCGCGGCGAACACUGGAAGCAUUCGCGCGCCCUCGUCCGCCCGCAGUUCAGCAUGGACCAGAUCAACGACCUCGACCUGAUUGAGCGCCAUGUUCAGGAGCUGUUUGCGGCGAUCGACAGACGCUACAGUCCAUGCGCCGGUGCCGGUCUCGACGCUGGCUGGACGCCCAAAUUCGACCUGCUGCCCCUGUUCUACAACCUCACCCUCGACAUCACGACCGAACUGAUCUACGGCUACUCGGUGCACUCGCAGAACCCGUCCCAGCGGCUCGAGCUCCCCGUGAUUCCGGGCUACGACGCGCCGGACCGCGAGAACAUCGGCAUGCACAUGGACGGCGGGAAGCUGUGGAUCGAGACGCGCGGCGCGUUUGGGCGGUUCCGCUGGCUGCUUCCGACGCGAAAGUUCUACGCCCACUGCGCCGCCAUCCACAAGUAUGCCGAUUGGUUUGUGCAGCUCCGCCUCAGCCGCGGGGACAAGUACCUGGAUGGUCUCCAGUCCGAGGCCGGGCAACCCUCCAAGGACCGCUUUGUCCUUCUGCACGAACUCGCCAAGGCUACCAAGGACCCUGUCGAGCUGCGCAGCCAGACGCUCAACAUCCUGACGGCGGGCCGCGACACGACGGCCUCGCUGCUGGGGUGGGUCUUUUACUUCUUGGCGCGGCAUCCGGGCGUGCUGGCUAAGCUGCGGAAUGAAGUCGUGCAGCAGUUUGGUCCCUUCAGGCAGUCCGGGCCGACGGGGAUUGAGUUCAGAGUUCUCCGGGAUUCGGUGCCGUAUCUCUAUGCCGUCAUCAAUGAGGCGCUCCGCAUGGCCCCUGUGGUGCCCCUGAACGAACGCGUUGCUCUUCGCGACACGGUUCUGCCUCGCGGUGGGGGUCCGAACCGCGACAAGCCUGUGUUCGUUCCCAAGGGGACCCAGGUCCUGAUCCCGACCUUUGCCAUGUUAAGGCGAGAGGAUCUGUGGGGACCGGAUGUAGAGCAGUUUAGACCGGAGAGGUGGGUUGAAGAUGGCGGGCGGAAGUUUGGGUUUGAGUUCAUCCCAUUUGGCGGAGGAGCCCGCCAGUGUCUAGGACAGCAUUUUGCACGCAUCAAGGCAGCGUAUGUCAUUGUUCGGCUGUUGCAGCGGUACGACCGGGUUGAGAACCUGGAGUGGCCGAAGGACGCGCCCAUGAAGUUCCACCACACGAUUGAGAACAGGAGCGCGACGGGGGUUCAGAUCAGGCUGCACGAGGCUUCGUUUCCGGACGGGUCGGUUUAG